AUGCAGUACGUUAAAGCCCGUUCUGUCGUCGGCAGAAGCUUGGUGAGGCCUCGGCAGCCGGCCACCACGUCCCACACGCAUACGCUACGUCUACAACUUGCCAGGAGACUUGCAUCGACCGAAGCUACGCCCUUAACGCCCCCUUCUCCGCGAAGGUUUUCAAUAAUUAAGCGUUUUCUCCAAACUCUUGGCGGUUUCACGCUCCUUUCCGCCGGUACGGUUGCAACAUUUUAUUACUUUGCCCAGAAGGACCGCACACCGGGCCACCAAUUGCCGCAUGACCCCGAGAAGAAGACCCUGGUUAUCUUGGGGAGUGGAUGGGGUGCAACGAGCUUACUGAAUUCGCUGGACACCUCGGAAUACAACGUGGUCCUUAUCAGUCCGAGGAAUUAUUUUCUGUUCACCCCGCUGCUUCCUAGCGUGGCCGUUGGUACUCUGAACCCGAGGUCCAUCAUUCAGCCGACACGGUAUGUCACACGCCACAAGGCGCGACAGGUUGCCGUUAUUGAGGCCCACGCGACAUCUGUUGACCCUGUAGCUAAAACUGUAACAUUUGAAGACACUUCGGAAAUCCAGGGCUUGGUAUCAUUGACGACCAUCAACUAUGAUUAUCUUGUCUUCGCUGUGGGUGCUGAGGUGCAGACCUUCAAUAUUCCUGGUGUAAAGGAGUAUGCCUGCUUCAUGAAAGAGCUGGAGGAUGCCGAGAAGAUGCAACGCAGAUUCUUGGACUGUCUGGAAUCUGCUGCGUUCCCUGGCCAGAGCCAGGACGAGGUCGACCGCUUGCUUCACAUGGUCGUCGUCGGUGGUGGCCCAACAGGUAUAGAGCUGAGCGGAGAGAUCCACGAUUUCCUCGAGGAGGACCUCCGCUCAUGGUUCCCGGAACUUGCGAACAGCGUGCGCAUCAGCCUGGUCGAGGCGCUCCCAUCAGUGCUGCCCAUGUUCAGCAAGCGCCUGAUCGAGUACACCGAGGCACAGUUCAAGCAAGCCAAGAUUGAUAUCCUCACCAAGACAAUGGUCAAGGAAAUCAAGGAGAAGAGCGUCGUCCUCCAGAUGCCGGAUAAGAGCAUCGUCGAGGUUCCUUGCGGGAUGGUUGUCUGGGCUGCUGGUAAUACUGGUCGCCAAGUCACUAGGGACUUGAUGUCCAAGCUCCCCGAGCACCAGACCAACAAGAGGGGUAUCGUUGUGGAUGACCAUCUCAGGAUGCUCGGCACGGACCGCACGAUCUUCGCGCUGGGCGACUGCACCGCGACGUCGUACGCACCGACCGCGCAAGUCGCCUCGCAGGAGGGCGCGUACCUUGCACGCAUUCUAGCGCAGAUCGCAAAAGCCGACAAUCUCGAGUCGCGCUUGCACGCGCUUCGGAGCUCCCCGGAGACGCCCGAAAGCAAGGCGGAGAUCACGAGCAUCGGGCGGCAGCUGAACAGGACGAGGAAGCUUAGGCCGUUUGAAUACUCUCAUCAGGGAUCGUUGGCCUACAUUGGUUCGGAUAAGGCCAUCGCAGACCUGCCGUUCUUCAACGGUAACCUGGCUACUGGAGGUGUAGCGACCUUCCUCUUCUGGCGCAGCGCGUACCUCAGCACGCUCUUCUCCCUCCGGAACCGGACACUCGUCGCCACCGACUGGAUAAAAGUCAAGCUUUUCGGACGUGACGUAAGCCGUGAAUAA